AAUUGAUUAAAUUUUUAGCCCAUAUUGCCCAGCCCUAGUUGAAACUGCUUGUCAGACAGGAAGAUGUGAUCUCUCAACUUUGUUGGCGUGAGAGGCAGGGGGAGGGGCUUGGUGCGUGUAAACCAAAAAGGAAGAGGUGCUGGGAGAGGUUUCACUCUUGCUAAAAUGAGGCCAAUGCAUUUCUAUUGGCUUUUUUUGGACCUAAGCUUAUAUUGCCUGCCUUCCCGCAUUUGGGACAACGACUCCCAUUGUUAGGGUGGAGAUAUGAAUCUCGUCAUUAUAUACAGAUCUCUGGUGUAAAUGGCAAGGUGCCCAGAGGAGCAAAGGAGUUUAGACAUGAGAACAAGCAGAUUUAAAAAUAAUAAAACCUUGAUUCUUGCAAAACGGGCAUUUUGGAAUUUUGCGCAAAAACAUACAUUUGAAUUUAUUCAAUAUAUCACCCAGCCCUAAUUUAUCAGGCCAUCAAUGGUCGAGAAGAGCACUCUCUAAUUAGUCUGAAUAAUAGUGAUGAAGUUAGAAAAAUGUGCACGUCUGACAUUUCUAAUUGCCUUGUUAUAUUUGCCUAGUUGCUCUAUCAGAAUAUCAAAAUGGACUUGCAACUAUGACUUUGUCCACUUCUGCUCUGUCUUUGUGUAAUUUCUCUUAAUUUAUUAGUUUCCUCACUCAUCCAAGGUGCUCUCCGAUUGGAAGUGGCCUUUUUCAACCAUACUGGAGUUAUGGCAUCAAUGGUUGCCCUUAAUUUACUAUUAAAGUUAUCAACUAAAUCAUCACGAGAGGCAGGCAUAAUAGGUGAUUCUGUAGCAACUUCAGAGAUAAGAUAGUGUUUCUUAAUAAUGCGUUCAGUAUUACCCUGUGUUAUGGGCAACAAGGUAGUAAAAAAGACAGUGGUGAUCAGAUAAAGCAACAUCAACAAUCGAGGAUAUAUCAAUAGAAAACCCCUUGGUAAUAAACAGGUCCAAUAGAAAGCCCCUUGGUAAUAAACAGGUCCAAUAGAAAGCCCCUUGGUAAUAACCAGGUCCAAUAGAAAGCCCCUUGGUAAUAACCAGGUCCAGAGUACGGCCGCGGUUCUGGGUGGGCCCAGUAACAUGUUGGAUAAAGUCCAUAGAGCUCAAAAGAUGUAUCAAUUCAGUGGUCUUUGAGUCAGUCUCUUAGUCAACGUGAAUAUUAAAGUUGCUGGCGUAUCUGCCCUCUCAUUGGCUAAAAGGGUCUCACCUGAUCUUGCCUCCUGACUGCCUUCCAUUUUUGAAGACAUUUCUUUUCAUUGCUAGAGUGGCCACUACAGUAUCAGGUGUAUAUAUAACGGAUCAUCGGUGGUUGACUGAAGACAUCACAGCACAGAUUGAUAGGAAUGUGAAUGUCGGAGGACCAGGCAGCGCAGAAGGAUGAGCUGCUUGCUCUAGCGAGUAUUUACGACGAAGAGGAGUUUCACGGAGCUGAAUCGGCACAAGGUGGAGAAAUACAACUAUGCCAUGAACUUCCUCCUUAUUUCAAGUUGAUAGUCAAAGGAGACAAGCACACAGAAUAUGACGUAUCUUUCCUACCUCCCCUGGUGCUUAACUUUGAACUUCCUGCCGACUACCCUUCCUCCUCAUCUCCGGUCUAUACACUCAGUUCCAAAUGGCUGUCAAGGGACCAGAUGACUUCUCUCUGCAAGCGUCUGGAUGAGCUGUGGGGGGAGAACCAGGGCUGUGUUGUCCUCUACACAUGGAUCCAGUUCCUCAAGGAGGAGGCGUUUGCCUUCCUGGAUGUCAAGUCUCCACUAGAGGUUGUUAAGGCAGGCAAGGCUGCUGUGAAGCGGGCGGGGACUAUAAUCGGGGAGGAAGGCAAACUGGAGUCUCUGCUGGAGCUGGACCCCCGUGCUGUGCUGGUGGUGGACCCCCGUACUGAUAUCCUACCUCAGCUACUGGACUUUGACGAAGCUCAAAGGCAGAAGGUGUUUGAUGGCAAGGCGUUCUGCUGUAGUAUCUGCUUCAUGGAGAAGCUGGGCUCGAGCUGCCUGUGCUUCAAGGAAUGCCAGCACGUGUACUGCAAGGCCUGCAUGACAGAGUACUUCGGGAUUCAGAUCCGCGACGGCAACGUUCAGUGUCUUAACUGCCCCGAGCCCAAGUGCACCUCCUUGGCUAUGCCCUCACAGGUCAAGCUCCUUGUCGGGGAGGAGUUGUUUACUCGUUAUGACCGUCUCCUGCUUCAGUCCAGCCUGGACCUGAUGGCUGAUGUGGUGUACUGCCCUCGCCAGUCAUGCUGUCAGGCUGUGAUGGUGGAGCAAGACACCACCAUGGGCAUCUGCCCUGCCUGUCAGUAUGCCUUCUGCACCCUCUGCAAACUUGGAUACCACGGCCUGUCCCACUGCAAGGUCACAGCAGAUGAGCUGCGAGGCCUAAGGGAUGAGUAUAUCUCUGCCAGUGCCGAGGGGAAGAAGUUCAUGGAGCAGCGUUUUGGGAAGCGGGUUAUCCAGCGUGCCGUGGAGGAGUCCUUCAGCAGGGACUGGCUCUAUGAGAACUGUAAAGGUUGCCCGCGCUGUGGUACUAACAUACAGAAGGUAGAUGGCUGCAAUAAGAUGACUUGCACCUCGUGUAAGCAGUACUUCUGCUGGCUGUGUCUGGGCCAGCUCACACUUGUCAACCCCUACAGCCACUUCAAUAACCCCUCCUCGCCUUGCUACAACCAGCUGUUCCAGGGUGUGGAUAUUGAUGAAGAUGAUGCCUUGAGUGAUGAAGAGGACUGAUGUGUGCAAUACCUCAGUGUGCUUCGUUUGUUUGCAAUUUAUCUCACCCUCACGACACAAACUGCAUAUGGAUUUAGCCAACGCCACCAUUUCUCACCAUUAUUGAUCAGGCAUUUACUAUGCCAAAAUAUAUCAGUCAUUUCUAAUGGUUAACUGGCUAGCAGAGAGCGAUUCCCAGGUUAUACAGGCACAUUACCUUACUCCAUACAGAAUUCAAAAACUCAGGGCCAGUAUUUUUCUGAAAGCAUGCUCGUGAAGACGGCGUUCUAAUGUGAUGGGUUACAGUUCUAAUGCUGAGUUUAGAUGAUUUGAACAGAUAAUGUUGCCAUGUUUUAUCAAUCUCAAUUUAAAAAGAAAAUUCUGGGAUCUUGGGUGAAAUCUUAAUAUCAAGAACGGAGAACAACAUUUCUGGAAGUUUUUACUAUUUAUUUUGAUCAUGAGUUAAAAUCUAUGUGGAAGAAUAUGUGUACACCCGGAUACCAUCCAAACCAUGAGCUAACAACUUGAUGUGAAAAAGGUAAAUAUAGCGUUGCCAAAUGUGACAUUCAGCCAAUGGCUAAUAUUUAAUGUUAUGUUGCUGGAAUAGGAUUUUUAGACACACUUUUUAAAAAUGUUUUUGUUCCUUUUUCACCAAAGGUACACUCACACUGAUUAGUUAAAUAUUUUUCCAGUACAAAAAGAUUAGUCCUUAAUCACAUUUCCUAGUUACUACCUCACAUGAUCAUUUUCAUCCAAAAAGUGGUUGUCUUGUGUUUUAAUAACCAUAUACAAACGACUGUUUUGAUUUUAUGAUGGGGGUUAUAGGACAUUUUGCCUGUUUCUCAAUACACUUUUUAUGGCGA